UUUCGAUCUCUCUCUUUUGCUCUUCGGAUGAUGAAUGUCGCUUUGCGUUUGUUUCCCGAGAAAAAUACCUAUCCAAGAUUUGAACAGACCUGAGAAUUCGUAAACUAGAUUACAGUGAUUCUUCAGAAUGACAGAGCCUUCGAAAGUCAUUCAUGUCCGAAACGUUGGUCAUGAGAUAUCAGAAAAUGAUUUGCUUCAGCUAUUCCAACCAUUUGGAGUUAUAACUAAGCUUGUGAUGCUUCGUGCAAAAAAUCAGGCUCUUAUCCAAAUGCAAGAUAUUCCUCCUGCAGUCAAUGCGUUACAGUUCUAUGCAAAUGUUCAACCUGCUAUAAGGGGGAGAAAUGUUUAUGUCCAAUUCUCAUCACAUCAAGAAUUAACAACAAUGGAUCAAAAUGCUCAAGGACGAGGAGAUGAGCCAAACCGAAUCCUCUUAGUUACAAUUCAUCACAUGCUAUAUCCUAUAACAGUGGAAGUGCUGCAUCAAGUGUUUUCCCCUCAUGGGUUUGUGGAGAAGAUUGUAACAUUUCAGAAGUCAGCUGGUUUUCAGGCUCUCAUUCAGUAUCAAUCACGGCAGAGUGCUGUUGCAGCUCGAACUACUCUGCAGGGACGCAAUAUUUAUGAUGGCUGCUGCCAAUUGGAUAUUCAGUUCUCAAACCUUGACGAGUUACAAGUGAACUACAACAAUGAGCGUUCAAGGGAUUUCACAAACCCUAAUCUGCCUUCAGAACAGAAAGGAAGAUCCUCACAACAAUCUGGAUAUGGUGAUGCAGGAAGCAUGUAUGGCAUUCAACCUUCGGGUGCUAGGGGAGUUGCAUUUCCGCAGAUGGCAAAUGCAGCGGCUAUUGCUGCAGCCUUUGGUGGAGGUUUACCUCCUGGUAUAAGCGGGACAAAUGACAGGUGUACUGUCCUUGUCUCCAAUCUAAAUCCUGAUAGAAUAGAUGAGGACAAGCUGUUUAACCUGUUCUCCAUCUACGGAAACAUUGUGAGAAUUAAACUUCUCCGAAACAAACCCGAUCAUGCGCUCGUUCAGAUGGGUGAUGGCUUUCAGGCUGAAUUGGCAGUGCACUUUUUGAAGGGUGCAAUGCUCUUUGAGAAGCGAUUGGAGGUCAACUUCUCGAAGCAUCCCAACAUAACUCAGGGUGCUGAUACGCACGAGUACAUGAACUCUAAUCUCAACCGCUUCAAUCGUAAUGCGGCUAAGAACUACCGCUAUUGCUGUUCCCCGACAAAGAUAAUUCACAUAUCCUCUCUUCCCCAGGAUGUCACCGAAGAGGAGAUUGUGAACCACAUGGAGGAACAUGGGCCUAUUGUCAACACAAAGGUCUUUGAGAUGAAUGGUAAGAAGCAGGCGCUGGUAAUGUUUGAAAGCGAGGAGCAGGCAACUGAGGCUCUUGUCUGCAAGCAUGCUAGCUCACUUGGCGGGUCAAUAAUCCGCAUCUCCUUUUCCCAGUUGCAGACAGUAUAAGAACCUUACAGUAAUGGAAAAUAACAGGAGCAAGGAUUCUUAUUAAGCACAAUAUUUGGAGCUGACGGUCUCCUGUGCUGUCACUUAUCUUGUAAGGGUGGUUUCGAUUGCAUUUGUAUUGGCGGGAUCCGCUCUUUGAUUUGCUUUUACUAAUCUCUCUUUCAACUUUUUAUGCUUUUAUUGAUUAUUUAUUAGGUUUCUUAAUAUUUGGGGUUAGGUCUCAAGUCGCGGCGGUGUUCAGUUUUGAAGAGUAGGAAGAGUUGCCUAUUUUUUUCAUCCUUUUGGGUCUAGCAUAGAGUAGAGUGAUCACUUGUGUAUCCUGGUUGUAUCUCUUCUAAUUGUGGCUAAAACCCAGCCAUCUCUGUUGUAUUUGCAAUCCGCUAGCCAUAUUUGUUCCACCCAUUUGGUACUUGUGCCAUGCUUGUAAAUUUUUCCUUCUAUUUCUUCUCCCACCCUCUCCCUCCCCCUCCCUCCCUUCAUCCUCCUCUUUGCUCUAUAAAAGAUUUGAGAACUUGGAAAUAUGGUCUGAAUAUCAUUCUGUCUGCCCUCUCUUCUCUUCUCUUCAUCUUCUCCUCUCCUCUUUCUCCCUUCACCUGAAAGGUGACAAAUGUGUAAAUGGAUGAAUUUUAUUAUUGUUGUUUUCUCCCUCCACC